AUGUCUAGCUCUAGCAAUGCCUCUGCCAAGGACGCCGAAAGUGAAAAUCAGAAACAGAGAUACGAUACCGUUGAUGAAGAGCUGCAAGUUCAAGCUAAUGUCGUCUCUCUCGAUUAUCUUUAUCUAGAGAUGGUUUCUCCACCAUUUCAAGAUUGUCUAGAAACUAUGAAAAUACUUUCUGAGAUCAAACCUCAAGAUUCUCAACCUACACUUCCAUCUGCAUCCUUUGAGGUUCCGAGGUGCUGCAGAAGGAGCGUUGGCAUCGAAAAUAAGACACGGAGACAGCCUCAAUCUUCGUCUCAAUUGUCAGCUAAUCACAUAAUUGAGUUGGCUGCAGCGUCCUUCGUCCAUUCCAAAAUUAGCCAUACAUUUGCGAGCACCCUCUCCGGCCUCUCUGCAGACGACGCUAGAGAUGUUCAGCUCGUGCUGAGUCUGCUGAAGUGCGCGGAGAAAGUCUGCAGUGAGCAGUAUGAUUGUGCAGGCAAUCUUCUUGAAGUGCAUAGCAAGCUGAGGUUAAACCAAAUGAAUGUUAUACAAAGAUUGGUGUAUCAUUUUAACCAAGCUCUUUGUGAAAGGAUUGAGCGGAAAACUGGGAGAUUCAAACAUGUGUUGCAUAGCUCGCCACAUGACUCCUCCAUAGCCAAAAUCUCUGAUAUAGCUGCAGUUUACCAGAAACUGCCUCUCAAUCAGGUCAUUCAGUUCACCGGCAUUCAUUCAGUGGCGGACCACGUCUCAAGAUCCAGAAAGGUGAAUAUUGUUGAUCUAAAUAUCUGUUGUGGUACACAAAUGAUGAUCUUGAUACAAAAUCUAGCAGAAAGGUCGGAUCAUCCGAUUGAACGUGUUAGAAUAACUGUUGUAGCAGCAAGCUCAGAUCAUUCAAUAGAAGAGGCUGGUUUUCGACUAAAAUUCUUGGCUGAAUCCUUGAAUCUGUACUUCUCCUUCCAUGUGGUCAGCUUAGAGUAUGUUCUAAAUCAUCAAGAAAACGCCUUGGAUCUCGAUCCGGAAGAAACUGUCGUAGUCCAUGCAUCAUUCGCCUUAAGGCAUAUGAUCACUGAUCCAAACCGGCUGGAGGCCUUGAUGAAGUUCAUCAGAAGCAUCAAUCCUAGUUUGAUGAUCAUGAUUGAAGCUGAAGCAAAUGUGAACUCUCCGAUUUUUGUGACCCGUUUCGUUGAGGCCCUCUUCUUCUAUGGGGCUAACUUUGAGUAUUUGGAGGAUUGUUUGGAUAGCGAGGGCGAGAGGUCAUGUCUUGAGAUAGGAUUCUUUGGGCCUGCCAUAAGGAACAUUGUGGCAGCCGAGGGAAAGGAGAGGAAGUUCCGGAUUGUGGGGAUAAAUGUGUGGAGAAAGUUUUUUGAGAGGUUUGGAAUGGUGGAGACAGAGCUCAGCACAUUAUCCAUCAGCCACGCGAAUCUGGUGCUUGAGAGGUUCGACUGUGGGGAUUCCGGCACGCACUCUAUGAACGGGAAGUGCCUCGUUGUAAACUGGAAAGACACACCAAUGUGCUCACUAUCUGCAUGGAAGUUCCAAGAAAUAUGA